GUAAGCUGUCAGGACACCCAUAAAGACGCGACUGGGAGUAUUUGACGUAAAUCCACCGAGAUCACGGACAAACGCAUUCCCUCUGCAGGUUGUUGCAAAAAACAUGAUUGUCCGCCCGCGAGUUUCGGAUACGGCACGAUUCCCUCCACAACUCACCACCAUCAACGGCCAAACCGUAGACUUGGUCAACCUUACCCAACAAUCCCAAUUGGUCGUCAUCCUCCUCAAAGAUCCUUGGUGCCAAGUAUGUCCCAACCUCCUCCGCCUCCUCUCCUUCCUAGGCCUAAAAUCCGAUAGUACUCAAACAUGGACCGACGAACUAACCUCCGAAACACGGUCCAUAACACAAUCACAAAAAGCAUUCAAUCAUGUACUCUUGGCACACGAUACAAGGUUUCUUGUAAUUUGUCCAGGUCCUCCAGAGGCUUUGAAGCAGAUUGCUGAGGAAACGGGGUGGAGUGAAUUGGACCGAGUGGAUUUUGUCGCGGAUGUUGAUUUUGGAAUUGGGGAAAUGUUGGGGUUGAGAAUGGUUGCUGGUGUUUGGCCGUCGUCGUUGGAGGUUUUAAAGGAUUUGACCGUAACAACGAUUGAAAUUGGACGAAGCCCAGGAUAUUAUGGCGACCAUGCCAUCCUACAGCACCUCGCCACGCACCGACACCAAACCGAAACCCAAGCAGUAACCCUCCUCCGCCAAUCCACACGCCUUCACAAACUCCUUCAAACCACCACAACCAAAUCAACGUAUUACAAUCACCCAGCACGAGAUGUCCUCCCCCUUGAACUCCUUUGCAGCUUAUUUGACCAAGUAGCUCAAUCAGAACUUGAUCGUCACAUUCAAGAUCAACCAUCUCUGGCGCAGGCCUCAAAAGCAUGUAAAUCAUGGCAAUACGUUGCCCUAUUAACUACCACGCGAAUCCUCUCUGAACAAAUCAAAACACUCGAAUCAGCUUUGACUACCGUCAAUGGGUGUCCAAUCGCAUGUGAGAUAGAAACGAGGUGGGGCUACCCUCCUGGCGCCAAAAUACAAUUCGUACCCUUAUUGGAUAUCAAGAGACGUCUUGCAAGGCUUCAGAAGGUUUGGAAGUGGGUUUCGGGGUUUGUGGAUGAGGUGGGUCUUGAUGUGUGGAAAUGACAAAAGAAAAGGACCUAGAGGAAAGGGUAAUGUUCGUGGUGGUAGCAAAAGAUGUAUAUAUUGCAACAUGCCUCUCAUUUAUAUCCAGAUAUUCUCAGAGGCAUAUUUAUGUAGGCUACUAUAGCAAAAACCCCUUCCCACAUGCACAUUAUCGGAUUGAAAAACCAGACCCACACGCAAUGUACCUGGCCCCAAACCAAAACCAAGCGAUAAAAUGAAGAUAUCCAAAAUAACAAGUAAAGAAAUAGAAAUUUUAAAAGAUGGCAUCCGUCGUCUAUCACAUCUUAAAUACACAAGUCCUUGUCUUCUU